GAAUACUCUGAAAUAACGGAAGUUUCAUUGCAUUUGAAGUAAGUGAGUUAUUGACGCAUAUUCAGUAAACUUCAGUCAUGUCAGUUAAUCCACCUUAUUCUUCAACGGGAAAGCAGUAAAACAAUUUGCACUACAAACGAGUGUUUUCAUUAUUAAGAGAUAAUACAUUAAAAUAUUAACGUAUAGUGGUUAUUUUCAAUAUCAAACAGCAAAACCAGCUGUUUUGUACAAAUAAAAAUAGCUGGACGUGGAUGAGACCAGAAGCCAGACCCAUAAAAUGUUCAAAUGUCCGCGCCCACUCGUACGGGAAAAAAAGGUGGAUAAACAUAGAAAAACAAUAGCAAUGUGCUAAAACAUGCUAGUUCAAUGCUAAAAUAUGUUAGUAAAGCCUAAAAUAGUAGCCUCAAAACUACAUUUUGAAACUUGCUAACAAAGCGAUAAAACAUGCUAGGAUCAUGUUAAAAUAUUAAAAUAGUAACACCAUGCUUAAACGCUAGUAAUGUGUGGAAACAUGAUAGCAACAUGUUAGUCAUUUCUAAAACACCACAUUUGUGACCAUGGACCACAAAACUAUAAGGGUCAAUUUUUUGAAAUUGAGAUUUAUACAUCAUCUGAAAGCUGAAUAAAUAAUUCUAUUGAUGUAUGGUUUGUUAUGAUAGGACAAUAUUUGGUCGAGAUACAAAUAUUUGAAUAUGUGGAAUCUGAGGGUGCAAAAAAAUCAAAAUAUUGAGAAAAUCACCUUUGACGUUGUCCAAAUGAAGUUUCUAAUAAUGAAUAUUAGUUUGGAUAUAUUUACAGUAGGAAUUUUACAAAAUAUCUUGAUGGAACAUGAUUUUUACAUAAUUCCCUAAUGAUUUUUGGCAUAAAAGAAAAAUCAACUUUGACCCAUACUACUAUUUUUUUGGCUAUGGCUACAAAUAUACCCCAGCGACUUAAGACUGGUUUUGUGGUCCAGGGUCACAUUUUAGAACAUGGUAACUUUUUAGAACAUUUUAUGGUUCUGAAGGUCAACCCAGCUCAUGUGGUGUAGAAAUGAGCUGCGGUUUUAGCCAAUCGCUGCUCACCGGCAUCUGGAACAAACCAAUCAGAACGUAGUACACACUAGUGGGUUGAGCUGAGAACAUCCCACCCCUUUUACUUCACUGUCCAGCAGCGUGUGUGUGUUUUUCUGCAUGUAGGCAUGCUAAAUGUGGAGAGGCUAACGGUGACAUGACCUCCUCAAUGUCCAUUUAAAAAAGCACUUGUGUCCGUUUUAUAUGAGAACAGAAUUAUAGCUGGAAGCUAUGAAUCAGGAGUUUUCAAGCAAACCUUUGAUCUGUUUGAUUCCAUGUAGAGUACUAAAAAUGAUUUCUGAUUGAAACGUUUAUUUGCACAAUCAAACCGUUUUGAUUAAAAGGUUAAACAGUGAUUGUUUGCUCAUAAAGAAUGUGUUUCAGAUGGCUGUUGAGUGACGGAGUGUUUUCUUUAGAGGUCAUUUAAGACUAUCAGUCAUUCAAAAAACAUGGGAACUGCCAAAGAUUAAAACAUAAAAACAACUAAAUUCGAAAUCUGUUUGUAUCAAUAACAAGACUACCGUCUUUCUACUAGCUUUCCCAAGCAAUGUCUGCAGUACGAGUAUCAUUGUGUGGCAUAGUUCCUGUUUCACAAGUAUUUUAGGAGUAGAUCCUUCCUGAUAACACUUCUACAGCUGUUAUGCCACAGACUAUGGAAGAAUAAAGAAGUACAGCAGUGUAUUUACCAGUAAAUGCCUCAUGUCCGACGCUGCUCUCGGUUGAGCUUGUUGAUUCUUGUCUAGUCGGGGCCCUUACAAGGACACACACAUAUUGCAGAGCUUUUGAACGGGAGCCAAGCAGUCAGGCAGGGGAAACGAUCAUGCCACCAGCUAAUUCAAUACAUACAACACUGAACUCCAAAGUAGAAGUCAUUUUUCAUGUUUCAUGUUUACAAAACAUAUUGUAAUAUGUUUUACACUGAAGCAUAAUACCUUGACAUGUCUUAAACUAUGCUUGUAUUUUGUCAUGAAUUGAGCGUGUUCAAAGGUCCUAAAGUUAAAGAUUAUUUAAUAUUAACACAAUUCAUAACUGUCCCGAAGUCUGAUAUUACUAAGAAUGUGGGUCAUAAUUUCUACAACAGAUGAACCUUUCUUAAUAAAGAUUAUUUUUAAUAUUAUCACUUAAAAUAUUGUCAUGAUUUUGGUUGGACUUUUCCACAGCUAUUUUGCAAAUUCACCUACCAAACCUUCAAAAAAAAAAAAAAAAAAAAAAUUGAAAAUAAAAGAAUGAAAUAACACAUCACACAAAUAAGCUUACUAAGCCUUCAAAAAUAAAACAGAAUGAAAUAAAAUAAACUUGAAUAUAAAAAUAAUUGCCUUGUGGGCAAUAAUGAAAUAAAAAUAAUGAAAUAACAUCAGACAAAUGAGCUUACCAAACCUUUAAAAAAUAAAAUAGAAUUAAAUUAAAAAUAUAAUAAAUAAAAAAAAAUAAAAUAAAGAAAUAACACAUCAGACAAAUUAUCUUAGCGAAUCAUCAAAAUAAAAUAGAAUCGAAUUAAAAAUAAAAUGUUAAAUAAAGUCAUGAAAUAACACAUCAGACAAAUAAGCUUACCAAACCUUCAAAAAUAAAAUAGAAUAAAAUGAAAAAUAAACUAAAAAUAAAAAUAAUGAAAUAACACAUCACACAAAAAAGCUUACCAAACCUUCAAAAAUAAAACUGAAUAAAAAUAAAAUAAAAUUGAAAAUAAAAAUAAUGAAAUAACACAUCAUACAAAUAAACUCACCAAACCUUCAAAAAUAAAAUUAAAAAUAAAAUAAAAUUGAAAUUAAAAUAAUGAAAAAAGGCAAUUAAGCUCACCAAACCUUUCAAAUUAAAUAGAAUAACAUUAAAAAUAAAAUGUUAAAUAAACUCAUGAAAAAACACAUCAGACAAAUUAGCUUACCAAACCCUAAAUUAUAAAUAAAAUUGAAAAUAAAAUAAUGAAAUAAAACAUCAGAAAAUUAAGCUUAUCAAACCUUUAAAAUAAAAUAAAAUAAAUUGAAAAUAAAAAUAAUGAAAAAACACAUAAGACAAAUAAGCUUACUAACCCUUCAAAAAUAAAACAGAAUGAAAUAAAAUAAACUUGAAAAUAAAAAUAAUGAAAUAACAUCAGACAAAUAAGUUUACCAAACCUUCAAAAAAAAUGUAAUUAAAUUAAAAAUAAAAUAAAAUUGAAAAUAAAAUUAUGAAAUAACACAUCAGACAAAUUAGCUUAGCGAAACAUCAAAAUAAAAUAGACUUAAAUUAAAAUAAAAUGUUAAAUAAAAUAACAAAAUAACACAUCAGACAAAAUUAGCUUAGCGAAACAUCAAAAUAAAAUAGACUUAAAUUAAAAAUAAAAUGUUAAAGAAACUUAUGAUAAAACACAUCAGACAAAUAAGCUUACCAAACCUUCAAAAUUAAAAUAUAAUAUAAUAAAAUUGAACAUAAAACUAAUGAAAAAACACAUAAGACAAAUAAGCUUACUAACCCUUCAAAAAUAAAACAGAAUGAAAUAAAAUAAACUUGAAAAUAAAAAUAAUGAAAUAACAUCAGACAAAUAAGUUUACCAAACCUUCAAAAAAAUGUAAUUAAAUUAAAAAUAAAAUAAAAUUGAAAAUAAAAUAAUGAAAUAAAACAUCAGAAAAAUAAGCUCACCAACCCUUCAAAAAUAAAAUAUAAUAAAAUUAAAAAUAAAAAUAAUGAAAUAACACAUCAUACAAAUAAGCUUACCAAACCUUCAAAAUUAAAAUAUAAUAAAAUUAAAAAUAAAAUUAAAAAUAAAAUAAUGAAAUAAAACAUCAGAAAAAUAAGCUCACCAAACCUUCAAAAAAUAAAAUAGAAUAAAAUUAAAAAUAAAAUAAUGAAAUAUAGCCAUCUGGUCAUUUCGAUUUUCAGCUAUAACAUUAGAAUUUGAUUGGUUAGUAUGUUUCAAAAACAAUUUUAAGUGAAAUUUUGCUUUGUGAAGUAAUAUCAUGUUAUAUAACACAUAAUGUAAUAUUGCCAGUGUGUACAUAUUUAAUUCAAAGUCAUGAUUUUAAAAAGCUGAAUGUGUGAACAAUAUAAAAUUGUUAUAAUUGUUACAAUAUAAAAUAUUUUGGUUAAAAGAAAGCAUUCAUUUCAGCCUGUUCACCCUUAAGUGGGUUAUAGAUAACUUUAUGAAUGCACAUCUUUCAAGUGCCUCCGAAUAUAGAUUUCACAGGCGCGACAUGUUAAGAAAUUUCUCUCUGUCGCUUUCUAAUCAUAAUGCAUGGCAGUAUCACUUCCUUUUUCUUAAGCAUGCAAACAUAGAACAUUCACUUGGUUGUGGUGUGUUUCGCUUCUCUUCUGCACUGGACCAGGGGAAAGGAAACUGAAGCUGACACUGUGUCACAGGAGCUCACAUCUGCAGGGUCAACAUGAGCUACGCUAAACACAUCCUCUGGGUCUGCACCGCUGCUCUUGUCACUGGUUGGGUUUUCACGAAUGAUGACGGACGCUGUUCUGGGACUGUCACAAGGCACUCAUGCAACUGGACUUGUAUGCUUCUCACUCUUCAAUGGCCUGGGAGUUUCUGUAUAAGUCUUACCAACAAAACCAUUUGCAAAAUACCAGAUACUGUUCAAUACUGGACCAUCCAUGGUCUAUGGCCUAUACAUACUGGUCACUGCUGUGACUGUUGGCCCAUAUAUCAUUCCCAUCUUCAGGAAAUUGAGGCUGACCUCACUCAGCUGUGGCCGUCGUUUAUAAAAGGAAGGCACUUCUUCUACUUCUGGAAGGAGGAAUGGAUUAAACAUGGGACGUGUGCAGGCUGUGAGGAGACCAUGGGUUCACCGCUUCUUUAUUUCCAGGCCGCAGUCAAGCUUCGGAAACUCUUUGACAUUGAUAAUGUCUUGGAAAGCUCUGGAAUCAAAACCUCAUGUGAUGUGUCAUAUAAACAUGACGAUAUACGCAGUGUUUUGACCCCACUGCUUGGACAAAACUACGAUUUGCAAUGUGUGACAGACAGCAAGGGUCGUGAAGCGUGGAUCCAGCUGAAGAUCCAUCUCUUCAGGAACCAAACCAUUGGAUGCCCCAAAGAAGAACAAGAGCAAAAGUUUGAUAGGUUGUCACUGUUUCAAAGCACAGGACAUCCCUGUCCAAAGAACACCACCAUCUUUUACGUCCCAAUUAACUACAAAAAUCCUCAUGAGCCCUGUAACUGAGAAAAGCUGAAACUUUCACUGCUUUCAUGUUUGACUAUCCUUUGCCAGUUCUCAAGCCUGAUGCAUGUUUUAAUAAAAAUGUUAUACAAUUCCUAAAGUACUUAACCUUGGGUCAUUUUUUUCUCAUUAGUGAGGCGGUAAUAAAAAAAAAAAAUGGAGAGGAUGAAAAGGCUUUUGA